GCUUCGUCAUUAUUAUGCGGCAGCUCCUCAGGCUUCAGGCAGCAACAUGUGAAGAAAUCAUGCCUAGACAAUUUUUCUGACAAUUUACACUUGCUCGGUUAAGUUCUUAUAUAACAUAAAGCGACGUUUAUGAGUAAAAGAGCGGCUUUUAGAUUCGUUUGGAUUCUGUAAGUAGCUAAAAGUUAACUUACUUGGUGUUAUUAGCGCUAGUGUUUUUGCCUGCUUUUAGCCUGUUAGCGUCAUGGACAACACAGAGGAGAAUGCCAUAGAGCUCCAUGGAGAUGAGGAAAUAAUUGAAGUAAUCGAUCUCAACGACACAGAGCCUGGGCCAGAUGAUUUGGCUGACGACUUGGGAGACGUUGACUUUGAGGAUCCUGGAAACCCGGAGGACGAUAAUGAAGGCUGGGAGACGGAGGAUGAGAUGGAAGCAGAGGCGGAGCAAGAUGACAGCGAGCUCACCUUCUCCAAGCACACAGGCUCUGUGUUCUGUGUGAGUUUGGAUCCAGCCACAAACUGCCUAGCCGUGACGGGUGGAGAGGAUGAUAAGGCUUACGUCUGGAGAGUGAGCGACGGAGAGGUCGUGAUGGAGUGCUCAGGACACAAAGACUCGGUGACGUGUGCCAUGUUCAGCCAUGACUCGUCUCUGGUGGCUUCGGGGGAUAUGAGCGGUCUAAUCAAAGUCUGGAAAGUGGAAACAAAAGAGGAGAUCUGGUCAUUUGAAGUCGGAGAUCUGGAGUGGUUGGAGUGGCAUCCCUGCGCUCCCGUGCUGCUGGCGGGGACAAACGAUGGCAACGUGUGGAUGUGGAAGAUCCCUGCAGGAGACUGUAAAACCUUCGAGAGUCCUGCGUGUCAGGCAACCAGUGGCAAAGUCCUCCCUGAUGGUAAACGAGCCGUGGUGGGUUAUGAGGAUGGAACCGUAAGGGUGUGGGACCUAAAGCAAGGAAAUGCCAUUCAUGUCAUUAAAGGUCAAGACGGACACCAGGGGGCGCUAACCUGCCUUGCUUGCAACAAGGAUGGCUCUCUCAUGCUGACGGGUUCAGUGGACGGCUGUGCCAAGCUUGUCAACACCGCCACAGGCAAGGUAGUUGGAGUGUUCUCUGUGGAGGGAGGUGAGGGAAAAGGGUCGAAAGACGAGAAAGAGUCCAACUCCGUGGAGUCUGUGGGAUUCUGCAAUAUCCUACCUCUCAUAGCUGUGGCGUACCUGGACGGGACUCUGGCCAUUUAUGACCUUUCUACACAGGUGCUGAGGCACAGAUGCCAGCAUGAGGCAGGGAUCGUUCACCUGCAGUGGGAGGAGUCUUCGUCUGUGGUGUCCACCUGCAGUUUGGACGGAGCGCUGCGUUUGUGGGACGGACGUUCUGGCAACAUGUUGUCCGAGUACCGCGGACACACCGCAGAGAUCCUCGACUUCACCGUCAACGGGGAAGCGUCUCUUGCUGUAACGGCCUCAGGAGACAACCAGGCCAAAGUGUUCUGCCUCCAAAGACCCGAUCGAUAAAAACAAAAGCUAGAGAAAGAGGAAAAUGCGUCACAGAAAACGGACAAUUACUGCUCAAACUUUCUGUUUUUUUACACCGGAGAAUAGAUUUUCUUAUCUUUUCGGUAUUUUAAAGUAUCCUCACGUGUUUUCUUGACAGAAACCCUUAAAACAGAAAUGUUCCUGAUUUCUUCCCAUUUUCCGGUUUGUCACACUAAACAAAUCCACCCACUUGUUUAGUUUAAAUGGUCUUAUUCAUGAAUCAGCAAGUGAAAGGACAGUGAUUUUUUUUUUUUCCUGUAAUUGUGGUGCAUCAUUUCCUAAAUGUAAGGACGUGUGUGGUCUUUCAACUAAACACACAAACUUAUUCAUGUAAACUCAAUUGUAAAUACAGACAAUAAAACAAUAUGCUCUCCUCAGGGCAAUUGAAACUUUUA